AUGAGCAAGGAGGAGUGGAUAAAAGCUCUACCAAGGCUUAGAACCAGUCUAAAUGGAAAAAUCGAGAAAGUACUAGAAGUAUGCUAUGAUGGGUUAGAUGAGGAAGAUAAGGCUAUCUUUCUUCACAAUGCUUGUUUGUUCAAUGGCGAAAAGGUUGAUCGUGUGAAGCAAUUACUUGCCAAGAGGGCAUUGGAUGCAGAAUUUGGACUUAAAGUCCUUGUUGACAGAUCUCUUAUACAUAUUUGUGCUGAUAGAUAUAUAGUAAUGCAUUGUUUGCUACAACAAUUGGUAAAGAAAUUACUCGGGAUCAAUGUCUUAAUGACCCCAGGACACGGUACAGAAAUUGUUUUAGGAAUAUCAUUAGAUAUGUCUGAAAUUGAGGAUCAAGUGUAUAUAAGUGAAAAUGCCUUUAAGAAAAUGCCUAAUCUCCAAUUCUUGAGGCUAUACAAGAAUUUUCUAGAUGAUGCAGUCAAGUUGUACUUACCUCAGGGCUUGGAUUAUCUACCACGUAAACUUAGAUUACUACAUUGGGAUUCGUACCCGAUAAAAUGUAUGCCCUCUAAGUUUUGUCUGGAAUAUCUUGUCGAACUUACUAUGCGAGAGAGCAAGCUUGAGAAACUUUGGGAAGGUAUUCAGCCACUGACAAGUCUCAAGUAUAUGGAUUUGAGCGCAUCCACAAACAUUGAAGAUAUCCCAAACCUCUUAAGAGCAACAAAUCUGGAGAAGUUGUACCUUCGGUCCUGCGAAAAUAUGGUCACAGUCCCUUCUUCUGCUAUACAAAAUCUUGAUAAGCUCAAAGUCUUAGACAUGUCUUGUUGCAUAAAACUGAAGAAUCUUCCAACCAACAUCAACUUGGAAUCACUCAGCGUCUUAAAUCUGAGAGGAUGCUCAAGGCUGAAGACAUUUCCUCUGAUCUCAACACAUAUUCAAUUCAUGUCUCUUGGGGAAACUGCGAUAGAGAAAGUGCCUUCAUUAAUCAAAUUAUGUUCUCGUCUUGUCUCAAUGGAAAUGGCGGGGUGUAAGAACCUUAAAAUAUUAACAUCUUUCCCUACAAGUAUGGAGAUCGUGGACAUAUCCUGGACAGGAGUCGAGGUAAUAGAUCUAGAGCACAUGCAUAUUGAGCAUAUGCGUAAGCCGUACGUUUGUGUAUUUGAAAACCGUUGUUAUAGUCCUAUUUUGAGAUAA